AUGGAUGCUUGUGCAAGACACAAGCGCUUAAGGAGACUCGAUAAUGUCCAGUCAGGUAGUUUUGGACCGGAUGAGAGCCUUAGAGGAGUGCGUGAAACGCGCGAGUCUGUGUCCACUGGACAGAGGCCUUUGCACUUUAAACUGCCUCGAAAUCGGGAAGCUCGAAGUCUCAUUAUCGCGCAGAAUCGUCUUGAAAGCUCCUUGGGUUCAGUGCAGGUUUCUCGCAAGGACUUGAGCUCAGCUUCUGCGCUUCAGCACGGCCGCUACACGCUUCGGCGGAAUCGCGGCCGCGUGCGGUACGCUGACCAGCAGUCCUCUUCAGAGGAGGUCGCGAGCUCUUCAAAUGAGUCUUCCCGAGUGGAAAUGAAAUAUGCAAGGACCAAAAGAUCGAGAAGAACCAUGCGUAAGUGGUCUCAAGGUUUCAGCGAGCCUCAGACUCGCCGACGACGUGCGACGUGGAACUCGUCGGACAGCUCUUACGAACCGCAAGAAUCUGGGAGGCGCACAGGUAGGCGGAAAGCUCGAGACUCUUCUGAUCUGAUUGAUAAUGAAUGUACUUCGAGCGAGGAGGUUAACGCGAUGUUCGCUGAGGCGGAAGAGAAGGAACUUGCAGAAGAGGAAGAGCUCGAGAAACAGAUGGAGCGCGAGCAUAUUGUAGUAUCUAGCAGUGACGGUUCGUCGCAGGAAUCAGAUGACCCUGAAGAUGACGAUUUCAAAUACCUUGAGCCGCGACGAUCCAGGCUGAGAGCGCGACAUACGAUGAUAUCGGCAAAACCUGCAUUGUCCGCAAGUGGAGCGGAGGCUUGUAGGGAGCCCCCCUCCGUGGAAAGAGGCACAAAAGGAGGAUCAAACAAGACUAUAAGAGAGCUCAAUACCAGGACAGAACGAGCGUUUGGAGUGAAUCCACUGCUUCGUAGCUUUUCUCGCUCUCGCCCUGUGGACUUGGACUCCGACUCAGACGCUGUGGAUCUCGACGAACACACAUGGGGUGAACGCGAACGUCGCCGCCUUAUCUCCUCCAAGAACAGUAUACAGCCCGUCAACAUGGAGCUAGGCGGUACAACGAGUGGUAGCCUCGCCGGAAGGAGCCCCUUUCGUGGUGUCUCUUCAGAGAAUACGGGUAAGGCUGCUGUUGAACCGGUGAAGAUAGACCCAACGCUUAGCUGGGAGCAGAUUGGAGGUCUGGACGACUACAUUCGAGCGCUCAAAGAAAUGAUUGUUUUACCACUUCUGUAUCCCGAGGUCUUUGAGCAGUUCAAGCUGGAGCCACCGAAAGGCGUGCUGUUUCACGGACCUCCUGGCACUGGCAAGACUUUGAUGGCUCGUGUCCUUGCAGCAGCAUGCGCGGCAGGUACACGAACUCCAGUAGCAUUUUUUAUGCGGAACGGUGCAGACUGCCUCUCCAAGUGGGUCGGAGAAGCGGAACGCCAGCUGAGAUUAACCUUUGAGGCGGCCAAAUCACACCAGCCAGCGAUUAUUUUUUUCGACGAAAUAGACGGCCUUGCUCCAGUACGGUCCAGCAAACAAGACCAGAUUCAUUCGAGCAUCGUCUCGACGCUGCUAGGCCUCAUGGAUGGGUUGGACGCCCGUGGGCAGAUCAUUGUUAUCGGAGCGACGAAUCGCAUCGACGCUGUGGAUCCAGCACUACGACGCCCUGGUCGUUUCGAUCGUGAAUUCGUCUUCAGUUUGCCGAACACCGCAGCCCGCAGACGGAUACUUGAAAUACAUACCCGUGACUGGAUGGAGCCGCCCCCGCGAGAACUGCUAGAUAGCCUGGCAAAGCACACUGCGGGUUAUUGCGGUGCGGAUCUGAAAGCGCUCUGCUCUGAGGCUGCCCUUUAUGCUCUGCGGCGUCGGUAUCCUCAAAUAUACAAUUCGGUGGAAAAGUUACUCAUUGAUCCACGACGAGUCCAGGUAGGUGAAAGCGAUUUCAUCAGUGCGAUGUCCAUGGUCGUACCGACUGCACACCGCUCUUUGCGCGUUUUUGGUCGACCGCUCGACAAGGAGCAAUCCAUCCUCCUUGGCCACGAGCUGGAAAUGAUUGUACAGCGCACUCGUGAAAUGAGCAUGCGUUCUCUGUCAGGCAAAGGAGGGCGGUUGCUGAUUUAUGGUGCCCCAGGAAAUGGACAGACGAUACUGGGGCAAGCCCUACUGCACGAAAUGGAGGAUCGUGUUCUGUAUACCAUGGAUUUGCCCUCUCUGGUUGCCGAUGCGUCGGCUCGUACACCAGAAGAGGCACUUGUAACGACGUUUCGUGAAGCAUUGCGAUGCCCGGCUGCUGUCAUGUAUAUACCGCACCUCGAGCUAUGGGCAGGGCAACAUCGAGAAUUCCUACGGAGUUUGUUGCUCGUGAAUUUACGGGACCUACAUCGAGACUCGCCUCUCUUUGUGUUCGCGACUGCGGAAACUGACCGGGAUUUGCUUUUAGCAACUCAAGAAUCCGCGUCGCUAACAAGAUGCGAUGAUGAAGUCGAACCGGACCUCGCAGAGAUCUGUGAAUUCUUUGUGGCAGAGAGCGACGCUGCAUACUUUGUAGGGAGUCCACCAGAACAUGCGCGUCGGCGCCUGUUCGAACCCCUGAUCCAGCAAGCAGCAUCACCACCGAGCUGUGAGGCGGACUCGCGCGAAGCCGCCACCGUCGACCCGCAGGUGCUUGAGGAACUACCGCGCGCACCCAUUCCUAAUUCCCCAAAAGCAAAUCCGCGAGAAAAAGAUCGUCUCAUACAGCGCGAGGAACGCACUCUUCGCGAACUGCGACUUCUUAUGCGUGACUUUGUGGAGCGCCUUCUUUCCGAUCGAAAGUAUAAGCCAUUUUGGAAACGAGUGUCCUCGUCAGAGGCUCCUGACUAUUACGAAUUGGUGAAAGAUCCGAUAGAUCUUUCCACAAUUUUGGACCGGGUGAACGCUCAAGAAAUUCAGACGAUGCAUGAUCUAGUAGCUGCAUUUGAGCUGUUGGCACAAAAUGCGCUGCAAUACAAUCCGGCGGAUGAUGAGAAGGGAAUGCGCAUCCGUUCGAAGGCGACUGCUCUAUUGGAUAUCGUCCACCGCUGGGCGGAUCUUCUCAUGGAUCCCGAGGAGAACGAGGAGGAGUCCACGAUUAUUGCCGAAUGCGCUGCAAUCGUAGAGCGCAGGAAGCACGAACGCCGAAUCCUGCAGUUACAACGACGCCACACCCGAUCUCUCGGAAGCGAUGGCGUCUUGAGCAUUUCGGAGGCUGCCCACCUUGUUUCCCAGUCCCGCAAGCACCACCGCAUCCACGAAAGAGCCUCUGACACAUUGCAUGGAUCUCUCCAAGAUGAGCAGAACGGCCCUAUGCGUGCGUCCCAAAAAAAUUUCGAGGAUAUCGAGACGCAGCCAAACGCCUACCUUUCGUCGAUGGACAACGCGCACCCGCAUAUCAACGGGAGCGCUACGGAGUUCGCGCCUUGUCUUCGUCAGUCAGAGGGGACGAGCUCGACUUGCUUUCCCCGCGAUGUGCAAUGCUCACCACUGAGAGAUGGAUUCGCGACAUCCGAAAUGGCGACGCCAGCAGCGUUAAUCGUCACUCAUGAUACCGGACUUUCGGCUGGAGAUCGCUCCUCCACACCAGAAGUGCAAGAACAGACGUUGAAGGGAGUGCCCAGUGAUUCGCCCAGAAUUGUAGACAUUUCGUCCAAGGAACUCGUGCAGGAGAUUGCUCAUACAGAUUCCGAAAUAACGAACUCGGCCACUGGAGCGCUGCAUGACGGAAAGCGCCCUAACACGCAGCCCACAGCAAACCAGAUGCUCUCGCCUUACAUCAGACCACCCGACUCGAUGCUUCUCGAUACACUGGAAACGAUCAUAGCAACAUCAGCUGGUUUGUCCGCAGAAGAGCUGAUUCGCCUCUAUGAACAUCUUGCGCACUGCGUGCGACACAAGCACGCACGCACUGGAGAUCGCAUCGCAGUGCUGUCCGAGCUGCGUGACAUGGCUGCACGCAGUCGGGCGCCCGUAGAUGCGCUACGAGAGCCAUCUCCCUGA